UGCCAGGGGUGGGCAGGGGGGACCCCCCUCGCUUUGCCCCGCAGGACCCGCCACGCUUCGCCCCCCGCCGCCUCCCGAAGGGCAUCGGGGAGAGAUGGGCGCCCAGCGAAGCCGCCCCGCUGCCCCUGAUGCUGCCCAACGCUGGAUGCAGGGUGCCCCCCGUGACUCCCCAAGACAUCCUUCUGCAGGGACUGAUGCUGCGCUCCUCGGAAGCCACCAACUCUGGCGCUCAGGCUGCCCUGGGCUUCCCAGAUCAGCUGGGCGCCUUCUUUGUGGACUAUCCGGACGUGGCCUUUGGCGCCAUGGGGCAGCUCCUCCAGGACAACUUCCACCUGGGAGAUGUGCCAGUCCAGGAGGAGCAGCAGCAAGUUCUGCUGUGCGUCCUCAAACUCUCCGCACAACCCUGCCAGAGGAAAAAGCGGCGCAACGUCUGCCGGGUGAGCCACCUGCUGAAGCACAUCGAUGCCCCUGAUGCCGUGAGCUGCAGCUUCUUUGGGGGCAAGAGCAUCAUGCGCCUGUGCCGGGACUGGCUCUUUGAGCUGCCCCUGGAGCUGAUGGCCGACUGGCUGCACGAGGACCUGGCGGAGCAGUGGAGGCGCCUUUCCUUCGACGAGACCCCAACCGGGGGGGCCUUGGCCUGGCUGCCCAGAGAGGGCAGCGGGGGGCCGUCGUCCAGGGGCUGCCUGGUGUACCCCUCUGGGGAGGCCAUGAACCAGCUCUGCUUCCAAGACGUGGCUCUGAAGCCCACCGCCAGCGGCUCCCUGAGGCCUCGAACCCGCGGCCGCCCUGCCCAGUUUGAGCUCAAUGGCCGGGUCCAGCAGGUGGCAGCCGCCCAGGUGGACGGCAUUGACUUUGUUGGGGUGCGCUCAGAUUACCACUGCGGCGCAUGGAAGAUGAAGCCGGGAGGAGCCCCCACCCUGCUCCAGGUGGUUGGCACAGAGACCCCCUGCUCCUCCAUCGCAGUCAGCCCCCACCUGCCUGGCGAGCUCUCCUUCUGCACCCACAGCGGAGCCCUCUAUGCCUGGAAUGUGGAGACAGGGCUCCAGCGGCUGCACCAGGACAGCGAGACUCUCUUCUUCCGGGACCCUUCCCCUUGGCGAUGGAGCGAGUUUACUGCCCACCCGCGGGUGCUCAGCUUUGCCGACCGUACCGGCCUGGUGGGGAUUGACCAGAGGGUGCCCUCUCAACAUCGCGUGGAGCUCUUCAAGGUGGGGGGCGAGGCCGACUGCCAGCGGGGGGAGCGCGUGGUCCUCUCCAAGUACCUGGGCCAGGCUGAGCCCUACCAGCACCUCGUUGCCACGCAGUUCUCGGUCUACGUGCUGGACGAACGCUUCCCCCUGGUGCCCGCCCUCAGCUGGGAGCACAUGAUGCAGCGGCCGCCCAUCUACGGCCUCCUCAGCCCGGCCGUCGCUCCGCAGCGCAGCCACAAGCUCCUCCUCGGCUCCCACCACGACCAAGAACUCUUGCUGCUGCAGUACACAGGCGGCGCCGACACCCCUUGCCAGCUCUGGGGGCCCCCACGGAAGGUCCCUUCCAUCCUCGAGAGCCUGCCCCACUUCCCUGUGCAAGUGCCCAUCCGGCAGGAGGCUCUGCGCCAGCGUCUCGCCCUGCCCACUGCAGGCAUCGCAGCCGCCCUGGGGCAGCAGGGCCAGAGUCAGACCCUGCUGGUCUUCCAGCUCUCUGAGGCCGGCGAUCUCUUCUACCAGCCCUUGCUCCACCAGGAGGAGGACGAGGAGGAAGAAGGAGCCUCUGAGGGGCCACAGCCGGCCCCCGAAGCCCCGCAGGAGGAGGAAGAGGAGGAUGCCCCCCGAGGCCCUGACGAAGGAGCCAGAUCCUGCGAAGGCUCCCCUCCACCGCCUGCCACGCCCGCAGCACCCCUCGCCCCCCCUGUGGCUGCCCCCUCCGCUUACCAGCGCUGGAUCAGGGCCUUCCGGAAGGCCUGGAAGCGUCUCCCCGAGGCAGCCCAGGGCCGGGCGCGGCUGCCGGCCAUCCUCAGCCAGAGCCGCCUCUUCGCUUGCCGGGAGCUGCGGGAGCCGGCCGGGAAUCAGGCCCCCUCCUACGGGGAGGCCCGGCAGCGCCUGCGCCAGGCCAUGCGGGAGAAGCGGGCCGUGUGCCCCCGGGAGCCGGCUGGCAGGGCCCCCUCGCCCCCAGGGCUGGAGCAGGAGGGCCCCCCGGGGGAGCUGGGCCAGCGCCUGGCCGCCUCCUGGGCCGGCGGCUGGGCCGACUGGUGGCAGGAGAAGCUGGGCGCCACCAAGGCGCAGAAGCAGCGGGUGCUGCGGGAGCAGCGGCGGAGGCGCAAGAGGGCGCGGGGAACCCCCAGCCUCUCGGGGAGCUUCACCUCCACCACCAGCUACCAAUCGGACGCCAGCGACUCCUCCUGGUGGGCAGCCAGCAGCCAGACCCCCAGCGAAGCCCCCACUGACUCAGAAAGCCUCUACUCUCUGGCCUCUGCCACCAUGAAAGCCCCCAGCCUGGCACCCGAGUCUCGCGUCUCCGUUCCCUGCUCCCCAACUGCUUCCCAGGGCCCCCCGCCCGACUCCCAAGGCCCCCGUGACGCUUCCCAGGGCUCCCCCUCGUCCUCGCAACUGCUCUCGUCCCAGACCCUCUCCACCCGCGGGAUCCCCAAGGAGCGCCGCCAGACCCUCCGCAACUACCUGGCCAUCUUUGACGAGCCUGACGAGCCCCCGGCCGAGCUGCCGGCCAGCCAGGCCUCCAGCCGCGGGAGCCAGCGCCCCCUCCCCUCCUCCCAGGGCUCCCAGGGACCCCGCAAGAGACCCCGCAUGGGCUUCUGAGCCCCGCUCCUCCCCGUCAGUGGAAUAAGCUGACUUUCUGCCCAGCUGGGCCUCGUGGCUGUCGGACUUGCGCCACGACCGAGCUCCUCCUCCUCCGGUCAAGGCCUUCGGAAUCUCCUCCGACGAUGAUUAACGACCUGAGCCUUUGAUGAGGCUCCAAGCACGUCCCCCUAUUAUGCAGAGUAUCCAGCACGCAGGGAAGGAGCCGAGACAAUAUGAGCUACAUUGCAAAGAGAUUUAUUCCUAACUACGCAGACAGAAAAGAAAUAUACAUGCUCUCUCUGUGAAAGCAGAGAACCAACUGAACAGCAAAGGAACAGGAAACAGUAACAUCACAUCCGUCUUCCGUGAGACUUCCAACAGCCUGGAAUCCCUGGAAUGCAAAACAGAGUCUUGUGACUCCAAGCAACUGCACAGUGCAACACACAGAAACCUCACCGUGGCUUCCCGCCUCCUCACGGGAGUCUCAUCCUGGGGUG